AUGGCUUCUACUCUUGAAAUGCCUGUGACGAGUUGCAAGUUCAUCGAUAUGAUUAUCUACCCGACGAUCGCUAAUCCGCCACCCCCAACUAUCAAUAGAUCCGGCCUUGAAGACGACAUCUCCGACCAGAUCGGAUCGAACGGGUCGACCCCAACGGGUGUCGCGACCCCCCAGCCUGAUCCCGCCGACAAGCGUUUGCCUUCCAUUAUGCACAACUACUUCCAGGUUGGUUCUUCCUCUGGUGAUAAGUCGAGUUUGCCGCGAUUCUGGUCAUACCUCUCGAGGCCCUCCUCGGUGGACCCCUCUCCAUCACAUGCCCUCCCUGAGACAUCUCCCGAUACCUCUGCAGCGAUGACUGCUACUGCCACUGCUUCUCUUCCCGCCACCACGACGUGUGACUCGGAUACUGCUUCCGAGUCACCGGUCUCGAUGGAGCAGAACUAUGGAGAGGAGAGGAAGCAAUCAGAGGCGCUGCCCAUGGCCAACCCGCCUACCCCUCCACAUUCGUUGCUCCAAACGGAGCCGGACGAGAUGGACCUCGGGUCAAGUCUCGACCACAGUGAUGGGUCCUCCUUGCUUCAUAUGUUGAAGAAAUAUCUCGCCCCGCCCGCAUCAUCUACCCCUCCUUCCCGACGGCAAACUUCUCUGCCAGUCUCGAGUGUCUCUGAUGACCCCGUCCUUGCCACGCACUUUUCCAACCCAUCCGUUCCGUCUGCUUCUUCUUCGCUACCUUCUCCUCCUGAUGAUCUUGCUACCGCUGCUGCUGCUCCCGGUCUCGCCACCGGAGAUCUCUACACUCCCUCCGCAGCUCCUCUUCUUGGCCAUGAGUUGCCACCUGUUUCUGUAUCUUCCGAGAACCUGGCCAAGCUGACUCAAAACGCGCCCGAUGUGGCGCGUCUCAAGAACACCCCGCCCUUGACUCCUCGGGCCAUGUCCAACGAGGAUGAAUCGGCCAAUAUCAAGGCCACCGAACCCGCUCCCCGCGCAGAUGAAUCCGAGGAAUCGCCGGUCAGCGAGAUUCCGGCGGCCGAACAACCCACCCCCACGGAUAGCAUGGACAGCUCCGCCGACGAGAUCGCCGAGAAACUCGACGAAGCGUUCCCCCGCAGAUCUAGCUCGGUACCCCAGAAUGGAGCGCCCGUGGGUCCGAUCAAAGGCAAGCUGAUUGUGAAGAUCACCGAGGCGCGCGGGCUGCGCCCCAGUUUCGAUCCUUACGUCGUGUGCGUUUUCGAGUGGAACGAGUACAUUUCCAAGGGGGCUCGCUCAGGCGAGGAGGAGAAGAAACGGCGGCAGAUGCAGUCGGAUGCGGACGCCCGUGUUUCCAUGGCGAUUCCCAUGAAGAGUCGUCAGAGCAGUUAUAACAGUGCGGUGGAGGGCCAGGAUCACAAAGGUCGCACUGCCGUAACGGAUCCUCAUUGGGAUCACGAAGCCGUCUUGAGACCAAUCCGAGGUGGACGUGACGGUCUAUGA